UGCUGGCAUCCUCCCUGUCUGAUUGGCUCCUCAGGUCGGUUCUGCUCGGAGCCGCGUCCUACCUGGUUCGGAGGUGUACUGCCUUUCCACACUCUCCUUGUACUCAGUGGGCUGCUGCUGAGGAGAGAGGCAAACUCUGGGCUAGGGGCCUGAGCUGUUGGAGGAGGGACCACAAAAGCGACCUAAUGGGUUCUAGAAGAGCCUUCCUCUUUCCUUCUCUCUUGUGGAGUCAAACUAGAGGAGUGAGGUUGAUGUUCUUGCUACUAACCCUGCAUUUGGGAAACUGUGUUGAUAAGGCAGAUGAUGAAGAUGAUGAAGAUUUAACUAUGAACAAAACGUGGGUCUUGGCACCAAAAAUUCACGAAGGAGAUAUCACACAAAUUCUUAACUCAUUACUUCAAGGUUAUGAUAACAAACUUCGUCCAGAUAUAGGAGUGAGGCCCACAGUAAUUGAAACUGAUGUUUAUGUGAACAGCAUUGGACCAGUUGAUCCAAUAAACAUGGAGUACACGAUAGAUAUAAUUUUUGCCCAAACCUGGUUUGACAGCCGUUUAAAGUUCAAUAGCACGAUGAAAGUGCUUAUGCUUAACAGCAACAUGGUGGGGAAAAUUUGGAUUCCCGACACUUUCUUCCGGAACUCAAGAAAAUCUGAUGCACACUGGAUAACGACGCCGAAUCGCCUGCUGCGGAUUUGGAGCGACGGGAGGGUUCUGUACACUCUAAGAUUAACAAUCAAUGCAGAAUGUUACCUUCAACUUCAUAACUUUCCUAUGGAUGAACAUUCCUGUCCCCUGGAAUUUUCAAGCUAUGGUUACCCCAAAAAUGAAAUUGAAUACAAGUGGAAAAAGCCUUCUGUGGAGGUUGCUGACCCUAAGUACUGGAGAUUAUAUCAGUUUGCAUUUGUAGGGUUACGGAAUUCAACUGAAAUCUCUCACACCAUCUCUGGAGAUUAUAUCAUCAUGACAAUUUUUUUUGACCUGAGCAGAAGGAUGGGCUAUUUCACAAUCCAGACAUACAUUCCAUGCAUUCUAACAGUUGUUCUUUCUUGGGUGUCUUUCUGGAUCAAUAAAGAUGCAGUGCCUGCCAGAACAUCCCUUGGAAUCACUACGGUUUUGACCAUGACAACCCUCAGUACAAUUGCCAGAAAAUCUUUACCUAAGGUUUCUUAUGUGACAGCAAUGGAUCUCUUUGUCUCUGUUUGUUUCAUUUUUGUGUUUGCCGCACUGAUGGAAUAUGGAACCUUGCAUUAUUUUACUAGCAACAAUAAAGGAAAAACCAAAAGAGAUAGGAAGAAUAAAAACAAGACUUCGGUAUCCCCUGGUCUUCAUGCCGGAUCCACUCUGAUUCCCAUGAACAGCAUUUCUCUGCCCCAAGGGGAAGACGAUUAUGGUUACCAGUGUUUGGAGGGCAAAGACUGUGCUAGCUUUUUCUGCUGCUUCGAAGACUGUAGAACUGGGUCCUGGAGAGAAGGCCGGUUACACAUACGCAUCGCCAAAAUUGAUUCCUACUCCAGAAUCUUUUUCCCAACAGCUUUUGCCUUGUUCAAUCUGGUUUAUUGGGUUGGAUAUCUUUACUUAUAAAUUCAACAAACAGUUAAAGAUCAUGAAGUCUGGCUUAGUCCAAUAUAAUCAUUUGUAUUUCAGUAACAUGAUGCUUAAAUUUAAAAUGAAAGCCCACUGGUUAAAAUCUGAGUGCUACAGUUGUAAGAUUAGGGCUUUCAUAAAUGAGUAAGACAGAAGUGUUAAAGUUAAUUUAUCUAAAUGGACACGAAAUUGAUUGUCAAAUAUAGCACACUGAAAUCAUAACAUAUGUUUGUAUUUUAAUUUUCUUUAUUUUGCUUGUGUACUAUUAAUAUUGGAACUUAAUACUUAUGUGAGACAUAUUUUGAAUAUGACAUAAUUUUAAUAUACAUUUUAUUUAAAUGUAUCUAUUGCUUAUAAUGAAAGACUAAUACCUAAUAUUAAAGUAUUCUUUGCCUACAUUAGUCCUUAUUUUAUUUUAUUUUAUUUUAUUUUAUUACUUGCUUAUUAUUUGCUCUGUUUGUUCUAUAGUUUGUUUAAAGCAAAGCCAUGAUUUUCUUGGAUAAUAUAGCCAAGAUAUGUUACUCCCAAGAAGAAAAUAAUAUGUGUAUUAAUUAUUUUUAAAUAAUUUCUCUUGUGAACUGACAUUUUGUAAUUGUAUACAAUUAUAGAUUUAAGUAUUGUCAUGUCUUAUGUUUGAAAUGUCAAAAAAUUAAAUCAAGCUACUUGGCAACUACAGUUUCAAAAACGUCAGAUUUUAUCUCUAAUCCAGUUGAUUUCCUGCAAAAGUGUUAAACAGAAGUCAAGCCACAUUUAAUUUGAGGAUUUUCAAGCUAGGACAGAAAACACUAAAGUCAUUUUCUUUUUGUUUUGCUUGUAACGCAAAGUGAAAAAAAAAAAAUCAAAGUUAUUUUCUGCCUUGUAGGAUUCAUGAGGUAUAAAGAGGUUAACGUUAAAAUGUUAAAAUGUACCAACAAUGAAAUCAAGUGGGAAAUGGUCUGCUUUUUUCUUUACGUGCUUCAAAAGAAUUUCAUGAGUUCCAAAAAGCAUUGAGUAAAAGUGCUUGAUUUAACAGGGCUUAAAGAAUCAUCUGGCAAGCUGAGCUGUGGGUUGUCUUGAGAAUACAACUUAAAUACAUACUAUUGACAUUUUAUAGAGUGGAUGUAUUUAGGAAACCUUGUCAAAAAUGAUUUAUCUACCCACUGAUUUCCGAGCCGACUUUUACAACUGUAUUAUAAUCAUUGUGUUCUCUCUUUUUGACAUGUGUGGAGCCUCAAAAUUCAUUUUGCAAAUGGACUUUGAGAGAGGGAACUGUAAUAAACUUGAGUAGGGUUGCCACAGAUCCAUACAGGGAGAAGAAAGACGCCUGAGUGUCUCAGCAUAGGAAAAGUUGAUCACACUUGACAGUGCCUCACCUGCGAACAGAGGUUUCAUCUUUAAAAGAAGCAGUACAAGUAUUCACUGCUGGUCUGGAGAGAUGAUCCAUCAUACAAGAGCAUUUGAUGAUCUCACAGAGGACCCAGGUUCACUUUUCAGCAUCCAUAUGGUAAUUUACAUUGUUGUAUAACAGGGACCCUGAAGUCCUCUUCUGGUCUUUGCUGAAACAGUAUGCAUUUGGUACAUACGCAUGCAUACAAACGCUCACAUAAAAUAAAAUAAUAAAUCCCAGGAAGAAAGAAAUCUUCAUGGUUGACAACAGUUAUCACAAUGAAAGGUUUUGUGAGUAUGGGAAUGUUGAGUGUGGAGAGGAGGCUGCCAUGUGGGUGAUGGACACACAUGGUUUUAUUUCAAUAAUUCUUUUACCUGGUAUGGCAGUCCCUAGGGGAAGCUUUGAAUGUAUUACAAUGUAUGUUCCCCAGAUAAACAUAACUCUUCCACCUCCCUCAUAAACUUCUGAAAAUACACAGAAGUUGACAAGUGUGGAGCCUCAAAAUUCAUUUUGCAAAUGGACUUUGUGAGAGACAACUAGAAUGAAUUUGAUAGGUUCAUCACAAAUCCAUACACAGAGAAGAAAGACCCCAGUGUGUCUCAAUGUAGUUAAUCUUUCCUAUUGAGUUUUUUAACAAAUGAAGAGCCAGCUUUUGGCUACAUGUAUAUUACUUCUUUAAUUUCCAUGCAUUUAUGCUGACAAUAUUAAAUAUUGGUAGAUGUUAAUAAAAUGAACAUUCAUUUAAGGAAUAAGUGAAGUAUGGAGCAUCCACAAAGGCAUAACAUGCUUUACUAUAUUUUUAUGGCUAAUUCAAUAUUUGUAUCGAUGGCUUGCUCAUUGUUAAGGGUGUUUAAUUUGGGGGCUCUUUCAAUUGUAUCUAAGCAUGGCUAUAUGUUAAAAUACCUUUAAAUGCUUGAUAUACGUACCUUUAAUUUUCUCAUUGCUGUUUUAUUAACUAGGCUUUAAAUGUUGACAACAUUAACAAAUGAAAAUAAAAUUGUUAAAAGUGUUA